UUUUUUUCUUCUCUUUCUCUCUUUAGAAUAUAUAUAAAAAUGUCCAAGUUUGGUACAGAUGAAAACCCUAUAGAUACAUCUUAUUAUGAUUUACUUGGUGUCCCUAUUGAUGCUCAACCAAUUCAAAUCAAAAAGGCUUAUAGGUAAAUAUACUUGGUCUUGGCAAAAAUAUAUAUAUAUAUUUUGUACAGGUGACUAACAGAGAAUCUUAUAGAAAGCUUGCUAUGGUUUAUCACCCUGAUAAAAAUAAAGAAGCAGAUGCAGAAGAAAAGUUUAAAGAAAUCUCAGAAGCCUAUCAAGUAUUAUCAGACCCUCAAUUGCGUGCAGCCUACAACAAGUAUGGUAAAGAUAAAGAACUUGCUCCUGAAGGAGGAUUUGCUGAUCCCCGAGAAUACUUCCAACAAAUGUUUGGUGGUGAUGCCUUUAGAAGCAUCAUUGGUGAAUUGGCUGUGGGUGAAAUGUUUAGUGAUGCACAACAAGAGGAAACCGAAAAAAAUGAGGCUGAGGAAGGCAGUUCGACUCAUUCGGAUAAAAAGAGCAUGAACAAGGAACAGAUGGAAAAGAUGCAAAAACAACAACAAGAACGUGUAGACAAAUUAGCAGAGAAUUUGAAAUUGAAACUCGCCUUGUUUACAGAAUCUGUCGGCGAUCAACAAGCCAUUAAUGCUUUCCAAGACCAAAUCAAACACGAAGCUGAAAAGUUAAAGAAUGAAAGUUAUGGCGUUGAAUUGCUUCAUUCGAUUGGUGGCGUCUAUUCUCUUAAGGCAAAACAUUAUUUGGGUAUGAAGGGCGGAGGUAUGCCAAGUAUCUUUGUGGGUUUUAAACAAAAGAAGCAUAUUGUCAAAGAACUCUGGACAACAGUCAAAGUGGCUAUGGAUGUGCAACAGGCUGCUGAAAUGAUCUCAAAGGCUGAAGAAAAGGGUAUGGAAGAUUCGGAUAAACUAAAACUCGAAGAAGAAGUGACUACCAAGACUUAUAAAGCUCUAUGGCAAACAUCGAAAUUUGAAGUGGAGGCCACAUUGCGUCAAGUGUGUGAUAAGGUACUUCAAGAUAAAGAAGUGGAUAGCAAAGUGCGUACAAAGAGAGCAAUAGCAUUGAAAUGGGUUGGUUACAUUUAUAAGCAUACAGAAGCAGAUAAAUCUGUAUUGGAUUUGCAAAUCAAAGCAUAAUUAUCUUUUUUUCUUAAAAAAA